AUGAACAUUAUUACUAGUCGAUCUUUUCUCUGGUUCAAUUGUCAUUCAAUUGAAUAUCUACUUCGAUUCUUAUUAGCCAUUAAUGAUUGGUUACAUGCUUGUGUAACAGUCGAACGAUUUCUUGUUAUUUUCUUAGGUGUCCGUUUUAACAAGGCAAUCAGCAAACAGUAUGCAACACGAACUGUAUGGAUCAUUCUUCUAUCAACUGCUGCAUCUAUUGUUCAUGACCCAAUGCAUCGUCGUCUAAUCGAUGAUACCGAAGAAGGAAGAACGUGGUGCAUACUUCGUCUUACCCCUCAACUCGAAAUUUAUGAUAGAUUUAUCAAUAUCUUUCAUUUUCUUAUCCCUUUUUCCCUCAAUUUUAUCUUGGCCAUUGGUAUUAUUUUUCUCACUGCAAGACAACGUUCAGCUGUGCAGCACGAAGUCACUUUUAAACAACAAUUAAGAAAACAACUUAGUCAACACAAACAUCUCAUUCUUAGUUCAAUUUUAUUGGUUAUCUUGGCUGUUCCUCGUCUGGUUAUUUCCUUUUUACCUAAUUGUAUGAAAUCAGCGAAAGAAUACAAGUUGUUCUUAGCUGGUUACUUCGUUUCAUUUAUUCCACCGAUACUUCAUUUUUUCAUUUUUGUAUUAACAUCAGAAAUAUACAAGAAAGAAUUCGAGAUAAUGAUGAAACAAAAAUGGAGAGCAUUUCAACGUCGUUUAAAUCCAAAUUAUGAAUUAUCAUCAAGAAAUUAA